CGCUGUUCUGUCUCCAUUUUCCAAGGGACGAAGCACGCAGGGCGCUGCCGAACGGGACCAGAGCCUGCGCGGCUGGUCGGGCCCCGAGUAGUGCUCGCCUGCUGCUUGCCUCGACUGGUGCUCCGCAGAGAGGAAGGGAAAGAGGGAGGCGUGCCCUGCAAGCCGGGGUCCGUUGGGGGUACCCGGAGCCCCGGAUUUCUUUUUUUGGACAUUGCUGUUCCACUGUCAGCCGCGGGGCGUCCUUGAGGGAGACGGACCGCCGCUUCGCCAGAGGCCCCGAGAACAAGCAUGGCGUCGAAGUUGUGGAAACAAUGAGACUCGAAGGAAGCAUCCAUCGUCAGCGUAGUGGUUCGUAGAGGGCGCAGCAAGCAUCAAGGAUAGCAAUGUUCACCAAAAAGACAGGAAUAUGCUGUGGCGCAUUCUCCCUGAUUGUGGCCACUUUCUCGGUAUUCGUGCUGAUAGUGUUUGACGACUUCUACAGGGACCUACUAAACAAGCAAGUGACCAUAACUCCGGGCUCUACGGCCUUCGAGGUGUGGAAGGAUGUGGGCUCCUGCUUCGAUAUGUCCGCCAACCUUUACUUCUUCAACAUCACCAACCUGGAUGCGGUCAAGGCGGGAAGGGCCGACCCUCGCCUGCGCCAAAUGGGUCCGUACUCUUACCGUAUCGAAUGGGUCAAGGACAAUAUCACGUUCAACGACAACGGAACUGUGUCCUUCCUGGAAAAGAUGAUCUUCCAUUUCGACGGGGAGAAUUCCGCUGGCACGGAGGACGACCUUGUGACGACUGUCAAUGUGCCCUUCAUCGCGACACAGCACCUCCUGAGCAGUCAGAAUUACUUCACGCGUUCGAUGGGGCGCAUGGCCUUGUCCAGCCUGGGUCAGGAGCUCUACCUGACGCGUUCCGUGCGCGAGCUCAGCUUCGAAGGCUACCCGGACGUGCUCAUGAUGCUCGCCGCAGUGGCGCGUAAAAGCAAUGAAGGCAAAGCAACAGCCGGCAGCAUCGACAUCGGCGAGGUCUUUCGCACGGGCUAUCGGACUCUUCUCGAGUUGCUCAAGAGUCAACCCCAGGACUUGGCCGGACGCUUCGCCUACAUGCAAGGGCGAAACGACACGUUUCACGAACUUCUGACGAUGUAUACAGGAGAGGGCGACAUUUGUCGGAUAAACCACUUGGACUCCAUGGACGGAAAAAGGCAACUCGGUGUAUGGGGCGACGAGUUGUGCGACACAAUUCGUGGAUCUUUUGGCAACGUGCGCCCUCCACUUUCGACGUCCUCAUCGGAGACUGUGUUCAUUCCUGACUUAAAACGGACCUUCGAACUUCACUACGUGGCAGACUCCAAGGUUGGCGGCCUGGCCACGAGGCGGUUUGCCGUCACGUCGAGUGUCUUCAACAAAAAGUCUCCAGACAACGCCUGCUACAACGCAGCCCGCAAGCACUUGCCCUCGGGAGUCACUGACCUCGGUCCUUUGCAAGACGGAGUGCCGGUCGUCAUGUCGCUUCCUCACUUUCUCUACGGGAGCCCCUCCCUCUUCAAGGGCGUCGACGGGUUGCAUCCCGACGAGAAGCAGCACCUCUUCUACAUCGACAGCGAUCCGACCACGGGAGCGUCGAUUUCCGGCAGAGUUCGUCUGCAGCUGAACGUAUUAAUGAAGGACGUUCCAGGUUUCUGGUCUUCAUCUGAUCUAGGAUACACGAUCCUUCCGCUGUUUUGGCAAGAAGUGGUGGCCGAGGCACAGGAGCACACCCUAACCAGGAUAAAAGUGGCUGUGCUGGCUCCGAUACUGGUUCGGUGCACUGCCAUAUUUCUUCUGGUGGCCUCCAUCAUCCUGCUGCUGGUUUCCUUUAUCUCUGUUCUCAGGUCCCGUCGAAGUCGCCGGCGCGUCGUCUCCGAGCCAUCCAAGGCUCCCAGGGACAAGGUGUCCAUCUACCUCGAUGGCGGCAGCUUCCUCCCCACUCGGGACAACAGCAAUGGUCUUCUCAAGAACGGCGCUGUUCCGGCAGCGCUUGCUCAAGAUACACCCGAGGCCGACGCUCUUCUCUUGCACUCCACUGCUGUCUAGCGCGUAUACGCUGUGCACGGUGUACUCAGCCGCAAGAUUCCGUAACGGUACGCUCGAACACUUUGGCUUGAGAAACACCUGCAAUACCGGAGUGUGACAUUCCUUGUGUCCUGUGACUGAAUACCAUGCGACGCUCUUUCGUCACAAGCAUUGGGUGCCCCAAGCGGUGCGUCGUCUUAGUGAGAAACUUGUGUGACGAGGCGGAGCCCCACCGCUCUAACGCUGAACUGCACAUGCAACGGAUCAUAUACAGGGUCAUAACCGGUGCUAGGACCAUGAGCAGGGACAGUGUGCUGUUGUGCAGGCCUUGCAUCAAGUUGCUCGCCGGUUCGACGCCUCGUCAUAGUGACUGUGUCCUUAACGCUCGUGACUUCCACACUCGCGUGGCCUGUGUGCUUUCGUGCUGUGAAAAAAAAAAGGAAUGUAUCUUCUGUGUUAACUACGCAGAGGAAACGGACACGGAAUUUUCACUUACCGCGUGUGUGCGCUUCUGUGUGAUGGUUGUGUCGACAUCAGUGCUUGAUGCGUACUUGCGUGCCAUCUCGCGAAGGUUCCACUCACUGAUGUUGAACCUUACUAUAUUGAACGACUAUCGUUCAUUGUUCGUUAUUUCCGAUGGUCAAAAGAUGUAUAGCUACCAAAAACACGACUGUCGGUAACAGUUCAAUAAUGAAAACAUGCCAAAGGCAUUGAAUGACGAACCGUUUUCCGUCUCAUAUGUACAUUAUAACUGUCUGCGCAUAUAUUAAUGCUGCUGUGCUCUGAUUGUGCCGGUUCACACAAUGAACCUAUAUGCAGUUUGGCGUUGAUCUAUGUAAUAAGAAUUGUUGCUCGCCAAACAUCUAUCCUUGACCAAUGGUGCUGUUUUCGUGUUUAAUAAUGCAUUUUCUGCAUUGAUGUUGCUCAAAGUUACUGUACCUGUCAUUUCAAUCACAUAUAGUGGGACUUUGUCUUUUCGAUGUCGCAAAUCGUAAAGCAAGGACACUGCCCGACCACCAGAGUACUGUAUAGCAGACGUAAACGCUGUUGUUUUUGCAACCUAUUCUUAUGCUUCUGACGAUGAGCUAGUUGAUUGUUGUCAUGCAUGCACCAGUUUAUUACCACCGAUUUUCUGUGCUUAAUCACAUAUAAUGUUCACUCAUCCAAAACGAUCAAAGUCUCAUGAUUUCCACAGACCAUUCUUGCUCACAGAAAUAUACAAUUUGGUACUUUGCUAGCACGUAUACGUCGUCUCUCAUAGAAGCGUUAAUACCAGUCUCAUAAAAGUGCACAAGCUCUGAUUCGCUAUAGCUCUGCACGCAAAUGCAGCGCUUCUUACAGAAGCGUAAAGACUUACCAGUCAAGUGUACAAGCUCUGAUUUGAUUUAGCUCUGUAGGCAAGCACACCGCUACUUCUGUGGAGGUGUGCUUCCAGCGGCGCUCGCUUGCAGUAGGUUCAACAUGUAUGAAGAUUCUUUUCGUGCAUUUAUCGUGGUUAUGUUCGCGUCUCGAUGAGACACCCACGUACUUGCGUCAAGUCAUCUUUUGUCAGAAGAUUGUAUAUUGUGCCUUAUAACGGCGAGACAGCUUUACACAUUUUCUCUGUUUACCGAACCGUACCUUUUAAAAGUUGCAGCUUUGUAUUGUCGGACGUACCGCAAAAAUAAAUGUAUGGGCAUUUUCUA